UAGAUCAAAAUAGAUAUAUAGAAGAAGCCUUAAAGCUUGGUGAGGCUUAUCAAUCUUUUAUUAAAUUAUUGCCACUUAUAGAAAUCAUGAAAGAAGCUUUAUAUAAUGAUAUAUUUGCAAACAG